ACAGUGCAUCCGAGCAUCACUGACACACUGGUAUUAUAUUUAAUUAUUGUUAUCGUGUUUUUUUUAUCGUACAAAAAAACAGUGUGAAAAUGAAGGCAUUUUUGACUUUUGUGUGCCUAUCAAUGGCUUUUGUACUCAUCAGCGGUCAGAAUAUUGACGAGUGUCUGGAACAAGAUAGCAUCUCUUGCAUACAAAGAAGCUUGUAUAGGAAAGCCAAGGAAUUCUUUAAUAAAGACAACAUUGAACUUAUUGGUGGUGUCAGCUUGGUGAAGAAUACCAACAGAAAUAGCAAAAGCGGCAAAGAAGUGAUGUAUGAUCAAGAAAUUGAAGCUGCUAAUGAUAUUACUGACAGACAAAGUGCUUUGGAAAAUUUCGUUGGUGAAGAAGUUAAUAACUUCCUGGCUGGACGUAGUCUUAGAAUUAACUUCGCCCCAGCUAUUGAAAAAAUCGGCCACACUGCUCGUACUAUUGUUGAUUCAGUUCCAAAAGAAAUUAAUGAUGUUGUCAAUGAAGUUGUUGAAGGACGUGGAAAGAAGAAGUUCUUGAAAGUGAUCCCUCUUCUAUUAGCUGCCAAAGCUAAACUUGGUCUCCUCGCCACCUUAGGCUUCUUCGGAAUUGCUUUACUUGCCAAAAAAGCAAUCUUAGUUUCUUUGAUCUCCUUGGCAGUUUCUGGCUUCAUUGGUCUUAAAAACAUGUGGUCCAAUGGUGGUAGUGUAACUCCAUACAACGCUGGUGGAUGGUCUGCACCAAACUCAAAUGCUGGAUGGGCACCACCAGCAAACAAUGGCGGCGGAUGGUCCGCUGGAUCUCCAGGAUGGGAUGAAGCAUCUUACACAAAUCAAAACACACAGUUCACUGGUUAUCAUUAAUGAAAAAUAAUAUUAUUUUGAUAUAACAGCUGCCAAAUAUCUUUAAAAAAUUUAAUAUUAUUUUUAUUUAUCAUCUCUACGAUAAUGGAUCAAUGAAAUGUUGAUCUUUGACAAAGUUUUGCCUUCGUAGAGACUUCCAAAAUAUUUAUUUUAUUUAUCAACAUUUAUUUUAUUUAAACUGGUGCCAUGAUUGUUCAAUUUGUUAUUGACGAUCUGGUUUUAUGUAUAUAAAAGAUCCUCAAUGUCUAAUUUUGUAACUUAAUCAUCUGCAUCACAAAUUUAUUUAAUUUAACUUUUAUGUGCGAUUGAUGUAUGAACA